GCAUUUGUUGCCCUUCUUUCGCGACGUUGCUCCUCGCCAACUUGCCUAUCGCGUCGUUCCGGUAAACCCUUCUAUAGCCGAACGCUCCAGAUUUACAAUCCAAGAUGCCGUCGGCGGCGAUGUGCAUGAGGACACUGAGGGCAUAUGCCAAAUAUGGCCAGAAUCAUGCGGCGCUCUUUGCGCGGUCCUUCUCGGCGACUGCCCGCCGGCGGGAGAUCAACAAGAUCUACCCAUCGGCCGCGGAGGCGCUUAAGGACAUGAAGCCCAACACCACGCUUCUCUGCGGCGGCUUUGGCCUGUGCGGCGUGCCAGACACGCUGAUUGACGAGGUGCUCAAGAAGCCAGAAAUCACGGGGAUCACGGCCGUGUCGAACAAUGCCGGCACGGACAGCAGCGGCCUCGGCAAGCUGCUGAAGACCAAGCAGAUCAAGAAGAUGAUCGCAUCGUACAUUGGCGAGAACAAGACGUUUGAGACCAUGUACCUGACGGGCGAGGUUGAACUGGAGCUGACACCGCAAGGCACGCUGGCCGAGCGCUGCGCCGCCGGCGGCAAGGGCAUCCCGGCCUUCUACACGCCCGCCGCCUUCGGCACCGUCGUGCAGACGGGCGAGCUGCCGCUGCGCAACAAGCCGGACGGCACGCCGGAUGUGUUCUCGUACCCCAAGGACGUCAAGGUCUUCAACGGCAAGAGCUACCUGCUCGAGCACUCGAUCGCCGGCGACUACGCCUUUGUCAAGGCCUACAAGGCCGACCGGCUCGGCAACUGCCAGUUCCGCCUGGCGGCCAACAACUUCAACGGCGCCAUGGGCCGCAACGCAAAGAUGACCAUUGUCGAGGCCGAGCACAUCGUCGAGCCCGGCGAGAUCCCGCCCGAGGCGGUCCAUCUGCCGGGCAUCUACGUCAAGCGCGUCAUCCAGAGCACCGCCGCCAAGAACAUCGAGAAGUACACGUGGAGCAAAGACCCCAACGAGGCCGCCGUCGAGGACCCCAAGGCCGCUGCCGCGCUGGGCACGGGCGACACCAAGGCCAAGCGCGAGCGCAUCGUGAAGCGCGCCGCCAAGGAGUUCAAGAACGGCAUGUACGCCAACCUGGGCAUCGGCAUGCCGAUGCUUGCGCCGGGCUUCGUGGGCGACGACGUCGAGGUGCAGCUGCAGAGCGAGAACGGCAUCCUAGGCCUAGGGCCCUACCCGCUCAAGGGCCAGGAGGACGCCGAUCUGAUCAAUGCCGGCAAGGAGACGGUGACGCUGAAGCCGGGCGCGUCGGUGUUUGGGUCCGAGGAGAGCUUUGGCAUGAUCCGGAGCGGCCGCAUUGACCUGACCAUCCUCGGUGCGAUGCAAGUCAGCGCGACGGGCGAUCUGGCCAACUGGAUGUUGCCCGGGAAGGUCAAGGGGUUCGGUGGCGCGAUGGACUUGGUCAGCAACCCGAGCAUGACCAAGGUCGUUGUGACGAUGGAGCAUACCGAUAAGAAGGGCAAUCCCAAGAUUGUUAAGCAGUGUGCUUUCCCCCUAACCGGCAAGGCCUGCGUGUCGAGGAUUAUCACUGAGCUCGGUGUCUUUGAUGUCGACUUCGCCCAUGGGUUGACACUAAUUGAAAUUGCCGAUGGCGUGACGGUGGACGAGAUCAAGGCCAAGACUGAGGCGCCCUUCCGGGUUGCGGAUGAUCUAAAGCCCAUGUUAUAGGCGAUGUUAUGACCCUCGGUUGACGCAGCGUACGGGAUGAGCACCUCAGAUGAAGGAGGACUGCCGCCUCUGGUUGGACUACACGUGUACAUAAUUUAGAUACCUUGGCUUAU